AUGGUGGCGGCUCAGAAAACAAGGGCCGAGGCGCGGCGCAUUCGGGCCACCAAAGUGCCGCUCAACUGCAUCAAGGUCAUGAUCGAGUACGCCGAAGAUCUCCGCGCGGCAGAUCGCGUGACGAGCGACCCGUUCGUGACGCUCGACGUUACGACCAACGGCAACGGGCCGCGCCCUCGAUCGCGACGGACAUCUGUGCAGCCCUCGACGCUGACGCCGAUCUGGAACGAGCUCUUCCACAUACCGUACGCCUGGCUGCAGCACGAAGUCGAUCCUCCGCGAGAGCGGCUGUCGAAAACCAACACAGAC